GGACGCACAGGCUGCGUUGCUCCUCCUCUCGCGGCACCUUGGGUUCGGCCGAGGGAGCUGAGCUAGACGCUUUGGCUAAGUGCUGGCAACUGCGGCGCGCCGCCGAGCCACAGUGCUGAGCCUGUCACUGCCGCCCCGCGCGCCGUGACCCGUGACCCCAGACCUUCGACUCCUUUCGGCUAGGCCCGCGCGCCCCAGGCCCAGCCCGGGCGGCGCGACGGGAGGAUGAGCGGCGGGCGGCGGAAGGAGGAAUCGUCUCAGCCGCAGCUGGCCAACGGGGCUCUCAAAGUGUCUGUCUGGAGCAAGGUGCUGCGGAGUGACGCGGCCUGGGAGGACAAGGAUGAGUUUUUAGAUGUGAUCUACUGGUUCCGACAGAUCAUCGCUGUGGUCCUAGGUGUCAUUUGGGGAGUGUUACCAUUACGAGGUUUCUUGGGAAUAGCGGGGUUUUGCCUGAUCAAUGCAGGAGUCCUGUACCUCUACUUCAGCAACUACCUACAGAUAGAUGAGGAAGAAUAUGGCGGCACAUGGGAGCUCACGAAAGAAGGGUUUAUGACAUCUUUUGCUUUGUUCAUGGUCAUCUGGAUCAUCUUUUACACGGCCAUCCACUAUGACUGAUGGUGCACAGUGCCCACCUGCUUCCUGUCUGGUCCAAAGGACCCUCUUAGUUAAAGCACAGAAACAUGAUUAUAGGAGCACCCAGCCACGUGGAACCUGAAGACCCAUGUUUCCUGGACCAAGAAUCAGUGUGUUGGGCCUCAGUGUUUCUGCAAGGGCUGUAACCCGAAACUUUUUAAAGAGCCACCCACUUUUUGGGGAAGCAUUUCUGAAUUGUCCAUCACCAACCAUUUCUUCUUGGAUACCAUCAUGAAACACCUAUUUGCAGAAUGGAGCUGUCAUUUAAUUUUAUGCAAAUCUGGAUCCGGAUGAAACAUUAAAUUGUCUUCCUCACUUCUC